AUGCCCCGUCAUCGGAAACCCUCAAACGCUUCUUCGGCGUCCUCCCUGCCGGACCGGCAUCAUCAGGAGCUUGAGACCAUGUACGACUACCUGGCAAAGGUCAUUCUGAUAGGGCCGAGUGGCACUGGAAAGUCUUGUCUACUCCAUCGCUUUGUCAAGGAUGAAUGGCGAGUCCUAUCCUCUCAAACAAUCGGAGUAGAAUUUUCCUCGAAAAUCGUGAAAAUCGGAUCAGGCUCUCGUCGGAAACGAAUCAAACUGCAACUAUGGGACACCGCUGGCACCGAAAGGUUCCGCUCGGUCUCGAGAUCGUAUUACCGCGGUGCUGCGGGCGCUAUAGUCGUGUAUGAUGUUUCGUCCUAUACCUCGUUUUCGGCGCUUUCGACUUUUCUGAUGGAUGCUCGUGCCCUGGCGUCGCCGAAUCUUACGACGAUUUUGGCUGGGAAUAAAACGGAUCUAUUGUCUGAGAACAAUGGCGAUGACGAUGACGAUGACGAUGACCGCGACCGCUUUGAAGAUGACAUUCCCUCGUCGACUUCGAUUUCGAAUAGCUUUUCAAGCAGCAAGCAUUCAUCUUCGUUCAUGUAUGACGCGGUAGGCGGAGGGGCCGGUUCUCUUCGCUCCGUCGCCAGCACAAACUAUGCCGCCGGCACCCGCCUGACAGCGACAACAACCUCGCACGGCAGGCAGGUCAGUGAUCUCGAGGCCUUGGAAUGGGCAACCCGAUCCAACAUCCCUGUCGCCGUGGAGGUCUCGGCGCUAACGGGCGAAAACGUCGAGGAGCUCUUCACGCGCCUGGCGCGCAUCAUCCUGACCAAAAUCGAGCUCGGCGAGAUCGAUCCGGACGAUCCGCAAAGCGGGAUUCAGUAUGGCGAUUCGGGAACGUGGCCGCUUGGGACUAGUGAUGGUGGCAGUGUUCGCAGUGGGCUUACUGUUGAUGAUAAUGCAGGCGGUCAGUCGCUGCAUAGUAGAAGGAAGUGGAAUCGGCAGCAGAGUUCGUGGGCGAGCGCUGCCGGUGAAUGGGGGGAUGUCUUUCGAAUACAAGGAUCAACGCGCAGGAGUAACAGGGGUUGUUGUUGA